AGACACAGCCGUAACACUGUCCUAUACAUGUCAUCUGCCAGCCGUAGUCGAUCCUAUUCGAAGCGCUCUGAUGGAAGUGAGCGUAGUCGCUCGAGAACUCCAAUUAAGGAGGGAGAGGAGGAAACCCCUAAGCGUGACGCUAGCGAGGAGAAGGUGCUGAGCCCUAAGGAGAAGAGUCCUGUGAGGGAGCGUAGUGAAUCUGAAGACCGCAAGAGUGAUAGUGAGGCCUCGGUACGAUCGAGCAGAAGGGGGGAUAGUAGAGGUCGAGGAGAGAAGAAGAGCUGCAGUAGAAGUCCUCACAGUCGUAGACGUGGGACGAGUCCGGAUAGAGAAUCGAGGUCUCGCAGUGAGGGCGGUCGAGGUCGUUCGGAGUCCGAUUCUCGUCAUCGUGGGCCGAGCAGGAGAGAGCGCAGUCGUUCCCGUACCCCUGGUGGUCGCGGUGGGGCUCGUGAAGGCUCCUGCAGUUUGCUUGUUAGGAAUCUGCCCGAUGAAGUGAAUCCUAUGAGACUCCGCGAUGCAUUUGAGCGCUUUGGGUAUGUGCGGGAUGUGUACAUCCCUUUGGACUACUACAGCAAGAGGCCUCGAGGCUUCGGCUUUGUUGAGUUCGACGAUCCUAGGGAUGCUGAUGAGGCCAGGGACGCUAUGGAUGGUCAACGACUUGGCAGCAACUAUGUUGAGGUGGAAGUUGCCAAGCAGAGACGGAAGUCCCCUAGGACUAUGCGAAGACUGGAUGAUGAAUAUAGAGGGGGAAGGUCUUCAAGAGGAGGGUAUGGUGGUGGCUACAGAGGCGGUCGUGAAUACUAUUCCGAGGGCAGAAGUCGUCGCCGUUCCCCCUCCUAUGGCAGACGUUCUCGUUCUCGUGAUCGUUAUUAAAUCACUAUCGCUAGGAGUGACACCACAGCAGUGUCAGGUUUACUAAGGAAAUAACAUCGAA